CACAAUAAAGCCGCUGCUGCGCUAUUGUGCUCUCAGUGGAACGAAUCAGUGGAAAGCCCCUUUGAAUUCUGGAUAUAAGCGACUCUUUGACAUGUCAAAUAAAGAUUUAUUCAAAUCCCACGAUUCAUUAAGAUUAAGUGGUGAACGCUCUCUCAACUUCACUUUCUCCGCUCCAUCGUUGCAGAGCAUGAUGGUCCCUCCCCUAUACAAAACUCUUGUUGGGACUUUUUUCCUCCCUACCUUUCCCUUAAACGUCAAGUGUAAUUCAUACCAAGGGCUUCGACUCUGAGCUCUCCCUGUCUUGAAGGUGGAGCAGAUAUGAGAAGAAACGGACUAUCAGCCCAUCCAGCAGAAAACCCUCUGAGAUGAAGUAACUUUUAGACCGUUCUUGCUUAAAUAACAAGCAUCUGUUUGCGGAUUGAACAUCUCCAUCAAUCGAAUGAUAGCAGGGGUCUCUCUGCAAUGGGCCCGGUACCCUUAACGCUCCUGCUUUGCGUCUCAGCACUGGCUGUGCUGGUGUCUGCAGCAGUGGACGAUCCCACAGGUGACGAUGACUACACCUGGCCACAGAGGAAAGUACCACUGGUACAAGAAAAGCAAACAGUGCACCUGGGAAGUUCUGAGUUUCUGGCCAAGCCGCAGACUGAGCUCCACGGAAUAUGUGGCAUUGAGUGCCAGCGGGGUUUCCCAGAGCCCAGCCUGGACGAUCUGGAACAGCUACUGUCCUAUGAGACCAUGUACGAAAACGGAACCCGCACGCUCACCACCGUCACAAUACAGGAGCUAAAUGUGAGCAACGACUGGAUGGGAGGUUCUGGGUUACAUACUCGGCGCAGACGAGAAGUCUACGGCACAGACACACGGUUUACCAUCGCCGACAAGCAGUACUCUUUGAAGUAUCCAUUCUCCACAUCUGUGAAGAUCUCCAUAGGGUGUUCUGGAGUGCUGGUGUCCCCCAAACACGUCCUGACUGCGGCUCAUUGCAUCCACAAUGGUACGGACUACCUGGAUGGGGUACAGAAACUCAGCGUUGGUGUGCUGAAAGAACGUUCCCGUCGGAAAGGGAAGGGACGGAAAGGGAAAGGACGGAAAGGGAAAGGCCAGAUGAAGCGUAAGGAAGAGGAGGAGGAGGAGGAGGAAAUCAAUGAAAAUAUAGAGAUUGGAGAGAAGCAGGAGCGUGAGAGAAAAGGCAAAGGCAGGAGAAACCGUAGUCGCCGCAGCACCACCUCCGAGCAGCCCUCGUUCCGAUGGACCCGGGUGAAACAGAUGCAGGUGCCGAAGGGCUGGUUUAAAGGGAUCUCGGAGAACGUUGUGGCUGAUUAUGACUACGCCAUCCUGGAG